AUGGCAGAUAUAGUGGAUGAUAAACAAGGCCCAACACGAAAGCCUCAUCGAUGCCUUAAAGGAAACUUUGCACCAAUUCAACGACAACUCGACCUAGAGCCGUGCACAUACUCGGGGGAAAUUCCCGUUGAGCUCCAUGGUGGCCAGUAUGUUCGAAAUGGCGGGAAUCCGACCUUUGGAGACGAUCUCACCGACCAUGCUCAUAUGUUCGACGGUGACGGGAUGCUAGCUGGCGUCUUAUUUCGAGUAUCUGAAAAUCCCCGAGAAGUUGAGCCCUAUUUUGUCAAUAGGUAUAUCUUGACCGAUGUUUACCUUGCUACAAAAUCAAUGCCACGAGUCUCUUCUUCGAUAUUGCCAAGUAUCGCGACCUUGAUCCAUCCAUUCGCCUCUACAAUUUCAACAUUCUACCAGCUUUGCCGCUUUGUGUUUCUCAUCCUUUGGUCCCACUUGACGUUUUACGGAGUACCAGUGCGGAGAAUAAGUGUUGCAAAUACGGCAAUCCUUUACCAUGACAAGAGGACAUUGGCAACAUGUCAGACUGGACCGCCGAUGAGGGUGCAGUUGCCAAACUUGGAUACCGUUGGCUGGUAUAAUGGAAGUUCAGCCGAGAAUGAGUAUAAAACUCCUACUUCCGGUAAAGAUUUACUUGGUCGCAAUGGACUUUUUGGGUUUUUGAAGGAUUGGACGACGGCACAUCCACAUGUCGACCGAAUCACCGGUGAGCUUAUAUCAUUUCAGUCAUCUUUUAUGCCUCCAUUUGUCUGGUACUCUAUCAUUCCACGUACAAGUGAAACAAAAUCUCAGCAAUCGCCAUUACAUUCCGCCAUACCAGGCAUAUCGAGCCCAAAGAUGAUGCAUGACUUUGGCGUUUCAUCCAAACACACGCUCAUAAUGGAUCUUCCAAUGUCAUUGGACCCCAUCAAUAUGCUGAGAGGAAGACCCAUCAUUCAUUAUGAUCAGGAUUCGCCGUCACGAUUUGGCAUUUUCCCCCGUCACAAUCCUGCCAUGGUUCGAUGGUUUGAAUCAGAAGCUUGCUUCAUUUUCCAUACCGCCAGCACUUGGGAUGAACAUUCCCCAAAGUCUGAUAGCGACGGCGAAGUGGAAGCAGUAAACAUGGUUGCAUGUCGCUACACUAGCGCUGAAAUGCUAUAUUCUUUGGGGGCCAUCAAUACAAGCUCGAUUACGAAGGCCCCCAAGGAACAAGGGAGUGACAGUCGACUAUACUACUACAGAUUUUUGCUGUCGGACCACACCCAGAAUCGAAUUACUCACCAGUGGGCUCUGUCUGCUAUCCCCUUUGAGAUGCCGGUUGUCUCACCCUCCACAGAUACGCCGAGGUUCAUAUACGGAUGUUCUUCGAAAAGUGAAAUGUUUGGAUCGAGUACAGGCGAGCCCAUGAAGAAUGAUUGCCUUGUCAAGGUCGAUAUCAAAAUCUUGAUUCGUCAAGGAAUCGAAAAAGAAAAGAAAGGAGUCUUCGGCUGCGUGGAUGAGAGAUCCAUCGGCGAGAUACUGAAAAGCGAAGGCAUUUCAGAUUGUAUCAAUGUGUUCCAAGCCCCGGAAGGGUGGUAUGCCCAAGAACCUUUGUUUGUUCCUCGAAAUAAUGCGCAGUCUGAAGAUGAUGGGUACAUUUUGACUCUCAUGUUUGACGAGUCCCAGCUAAGGGAAGACGGACGUGCUUUGGAUGACGCCAGAAGUGAGUUGUGGAUUAUCAAGGCCAGCGAUAUGACAACUGUGGUGGCGAGGAUUUUUCUUCCGCAGAGAGUGCCUUAUGGAUUUCAUGGCAACUGGUUUACGCGCGAGCAGAUUGAAAGACAAAGACCCUAUCAGUCUUCGCGCAUGGAACGGUAG